AUGUCAUCCCCAUUCCAUCCAGACGAUGAAAAUGGUGUAGGAAAUGUUGCUGAAGAGCGCAGCCCUCGGAGGGAGAAGAAAGAAAAGAAGAAAAAGAAGCACCGAUCUCGAUCUCGAUCCAGAAGUCGCCGGCACAGAUCCAGAUCAAGAAGCAGAGAGAGACGGAGGUCUAGAAGUAGGUCAGCAGACCGGAAAUCUAAGAAAUCUCGCAGGAAGAAGCCUUCACAGUUCUGGGAUGUUCCUCCACCAGGUUUUGAGCACAUAACUCCCCUACAGUACAAAGCCCUCCAAGCUACUGGUCAGCUCCCAGUGGCAGGUGCAGCGCUGCCUCCGUCCAUCCUGCAAAUGGGUGAAAAUGCCACAGCUUCUGUGUCAGCUGCAAUAGCAGCAGCUCCAAUGGCUCAAUCCCACAUAACACGUCAGGCUAGGCGUCUUUACCUUGGUAACAUUCCAUUUGGUACUACAGAGGAUGCGAUGACAGAAUUCUUCAACAAGCAGAUGAGAGAUUGCGGCUUAGCAUGUGCUGCUGGUGCUCCUGUAAUUGCUACACAGAUAAAUUUUGAAAGAAAUUUUGCCUUCUUAGAGCUCCGAUCAGUGGAGGAAACAACCAAUUGUUUAGCCUUUGAUGGUAUCAACUUUAUGGGACAAACUCUCAAAAUACGGAGGCCUAAUGAUUACAAGCCUUUGCCAACUGGUACAACAACAGGCGUCAAUCUUACCCACAUUCCUGGUAUUGUCAGUACUUUUGUUGAGGAAACGCCCAACAAAUUAUUCAUUGGCAGUUUACCUAACCAUCUUAACGAUGAUCAGGUGAAAGAGUUGCUCACUAGUUUUGGACAACUCAAAUCAUUCACUUUGGUAAAGGAUAGCGGUACAGGAGAAUCUAAAGGGUAUGCUUUUUGUGAAUAUAUUGAUCCUAAAAACACUGAACAGGCUAUUGAAGGCCUCAAUGGUAUGUCACUUGGUGAGAAAAAGCUUAUUGUCAAUCGGGCAGGUUCAGGAAACAAAAAUUCAGCUGCGGCUGGUCUGCCUCUACCAAUUACAGGUAUGGACAUUGUCUCGUCUCUCAAUGAAGCAACUGAAGUUUUGUGUCUGAUGAACAUGAUCUCUUUGGAUGACUUACUCGAUGAUGAUGAGUAUGCCGAUAUUAUUGAAGAUGUCAGAGAGGAGUGCGGAAAGUAUGGGCGUGUAAGAAAUGUGGUAAUUCCUCGUCCAAUUGAAGGUCAGGCUGUCCCUGGACAGGGAAAAAUUUACUGCGAGUUUGCCGGACCAGACGAUUGUAAGAAGGCAGCCGGUGCUUUGGCUGGAAGAAAGUUCGCUAAUCGGGUUGUCGUUACGUCCUACUACAAUCUAGACAAAUUUCGAAAGAGAGACUUCUGA